GAGCUGACGGCGCGGUGCCUUGCAGAGCUGAGGAAAGCCAGCAAGAGGCUGACCUGCCACAAGCGCUACAAGAUCCAGAAGAAGAUCAGAGAACACCACCGAAAAGUCAGGAAGGAGGCCAAAAAACGUGGACGCAAAAAGCCCAAGAAAGAUCCUGGUGUUCCCAGUGCUGCCCCAUUUAAGGAAGAGCUGCUGCGGGAAGCAGAGCAAAGAAAGCAGAGGCUUGAAGAACUAAAACAAAAGCAGAAGCUCAACAGACAGAAAGAACAUGAAAAGAAAAGGAAGCUGGAAGCUAAAAAGAAUGCAGCCAAAAUCAAGGAAAAAGCAGAAGGACAGUCCGCUGGCAAAUCUAAAGCAAAGACUAACAAAUUGCUGCAUAAAAAUUCAAAGAAAUCAUUCUGCAGGGAGCUAAAGAAGGUGAUAGAGGCCUCAGAUGUGGUUCUAGAGGUUUUAGAUGCAAGAGAUCCAAUGGGCUGCCGGUGUCCUCAACUGGAGCAAGCUGUAACUUGCUCUGGAGGAGACAAAAAGCUACUGUUGGUUCUGAACAAAAUUGAUUUAGUGCCAAAGGAUAACUUAGAGAAAUGGUUGAAUUAUUUGAAGAAGGAGUUUCCAACGGUUGCUUUUAAAUCAGCAACACUGAUGAAGGACAGGACCAUGUUCACCAAAAGACGUGCACGUGUUGAUUUAUCAAGAACCACUGAAUGUUUUGGAAGCAAAUGCCUUUUGAAACUUCUUCAAGAGCACGGAAAGACUCUAAGCAAAGCCAUUCAGGUUGGGGUAGUAGGUUUCCCUAAUGUGGGAAAGAGCAGCAUAAUCAACAGUCUUAAAGGAGUUCGUGCUUGCAAUGUGGGCCUAGCAAGAGGCGUUACCAAGUCCAUGCAAAUUGUGCACAUUGAUAAACAGACAAAGAUGUUAGACAGUCCAAGUAUAAUUGCAGAUCCUUCCAACAAUGUCCUGGCUCUGGCCUUGAGAAGUAUCAUAGAUACCGAAGAAUCAGAUUCAGCAGAUGUGCUUGAAGGAGUAGAUGCCAUUCUAAAUCACUGCAGUAAACAGCAGGUAAUGAUGCACUACAGCAUCCCAGAUUUCAGGAACACUGAAGAGUUUUUAAGUUUACUUGCUCAGAAAAGGGGUAUGCUGAAAAAGGGAGGUGUUCCUGACAUAGAGAAUAUAGCUAAAUUACUACUUUGUGACUGGACAGGAGCUAAAAUAAGCUACCACUCACAACCUCCAGGAUCUCAGAGACCGCCACCAUAUCUCACAGAAGACAAAAUAGCUGAAAUGCAGCAGUGCUUUAAUUUAAAGAACCUAGAAGAAGAAAACAACAACACUCUUCAAGCUUUAAAAUACCCCAGUCCAGCAAGCAGCAUCAUUUUCCAGUCAGCUGGUAUGGCAAAUGGGACAAUAGAGGAAAAUAAAGUGAUAGAGGAAGCAUCAGAGUGGGAAAACUUGGAAACAAGCAAGGAGGAGGAGGAAGAAGAGGAGGACGAUUUCACAGAAAGUGAUGAUGAUGAUGAAGACGAUGUAGAAGAAGAAGAAAUGGAUGUCAGAGAGGUAAAUCGGGAAAACGAACAUUCCAAUGCACUAUCAUUCAGCUUGGAUAAGACAGCAGAUGAAGAUGAUGCCUAUGAUUUUAAUACAGACUAUGUGUAA